AUCUCCACCGCCGUUUAUUUUCUUAUUAUUGUUUCUGUCUUCUCUCUUCUUACGUCCCCCCACCUUCUCUUUUCCUGUGUCUCCAAAACCCACCCAAAUCACCUCUCUUUUUCUCUCCGUUUUUCUAUCUUCCUCCCAAGUUCUCUGGUUCUCACUCUUUCUCCCUCUAGUUCUCUAUCUUUGGCUCUCUCUCCCUCCCUAUCUUUCUCUAUUUUCCCCUUCAAAGUCGCAGAUCUUCAUCCCCUUCAAUUGGGUUCAAUUGUGUUUAAUGUGGAGGUUCUAUUUGGUUUGACAGUGUUGGUUCAAUUGGGUUUGACGUGGUGGUUCAAUUGGGUGGUGGGUGUGGUGCUCGCCUGAAAACACAGAUCCUGAAAAUAUAGAAAACGACUUUUGUGUGUUUUCAGUCAUGAAGGCAUAAAUUUGGAGUAGUGUGUUUUUUUUCUGGUAUGAAACUGGAAUUCCAUUAAAACGCCACAGAAAAAGCUAGAGCGGAUUCAGAUUACAAGUGUAUUCCGAAAAGUUCCGAUUUUUCCGAUAUAUCCGAAAUUUUGGAAUCGGAAUAAGAUUUGAAAUUCCGAAAUUUUUCGGAUUGGAAUUCGGAACACUAGUUUCCGAUCCGUUCCGUUCCGAUCCGUUCCGGCCGAAUUACAGGCCUAUGUUUAUUGCACCAAACAACUGCUUCAAAUCCAGUCAUAUCUAAACCAGUCCAGUCUAGCCUACCAAACGGGGCCGCCUUGUGGCUGGUCUUGGAGGCAUUUUUUUGUCAACAACUGAAAGUGUAUUCUUUGAAUUAGAGAGGUGAAGUGAGAUGGCCACUGGUGGUCUAAAGAGCCUGUUGUCCACGGCAAUCACUACUGGGGUGACUGAGGCUAGGGCGAGGAUAUUCGGGCACAUACUCAACCCAACAGGCCAGAAAUCUGCCCAUAAGAUUUUACGCAAGAAGUUGAUUGGUGAGAAAGUUGCCCAGUGGUACCCAUAUGACAUCAAGAAAGAUGACCCCCAAAUCAUGGCUAUGGAAGAACAAGAGCGAUUAUCCAAGCUUGAAAUGUUGAAGCGUCGAGGAAAAGGACCACCCAAGAAGGGUCACGGAAGGCGUGCUGCCAAGCGUAACAAAAAGUAGUAUUUUGACAUGCCAAAUUGGUUCUUGAGUAUUGUUUUGAAUAAAAAGACUACUAGUAUGGACGUUCUGUAACUUUUUGUUCUUUUAAGUUCCUUUCAUUUUUCUUGCCUCACUUUGUAAAGAUGAUAUUAUUCUAUCCAUGGGAAUAUUUUGUUUAGCAAAA